AUGGACGACUCAGAAUUAGCAGCUAUCCGGGCCGCGAGAUUGGCCGAGUUGCAGCGAAAUGCCCAAGGUGGCGGAUCGCAAGCACAGGAAAACAAGACAAAUCAAAACGAUCCAAGUCAGUCGAUACUGUCUCAGAUUCUAGAGCCAGAGGCCAAAGAGCGACUCUGCCGUGUCCGGAUGGUCAGGCCCGAACGGGUGACAUCAGUGGAGAGCUACCUGUUGAGGUUGUUCAAAUCUGGAGCAAUCAGAACAAAGAUUUCCGAGAGCGACAUUGUGGAAAUUCUGGAAAAAGUGUCCAAAGAAGAACGGAAAGGCAACGAGACCAAGAUUGUCUUCGAUCGCCGCUCGACCCACUACGAGGACGAGGAUGAGGGCGAAGAAGACGAUUUUUUUGAUUAA